GUGGAGCCCAUGUCGGCCUUGAGGCGCUCGGGCUACGGCCCCGGUGACGGUCCGUCUUAUGGCCGCUACUACGGGCCUGGGGGUGGAGAUGUGCCCGUGCACCCCCCUCCGCCCAUAUAUCCUCCCCGCCCCGAACCUCCCCAGCCUCCUGUUUCUUGGCGGGUACGCGGGGGCGGCCAGGCUGAGACCACCUGGCCGGGAGAAGGGGGAGGAGGAGAUGGCUACUAUCCCUCUGGAGGCGUCUGGUCGGAGCCAGGUCGAGCUGGAGGAAGCCACCAGGAGCAGCCACCAUACCCUAGCUACAAUUCUAACUACUGGAAUUCUGCGAGACCUCGGGCUCCUUACCCAAGUACAUAUCCUGUGAGACCAGAAAUGCAAGGCCAGAAUUUGAAUUCUUAUACAAAUGGAGCAUAUGGCCCACCAUACCCCACUGGCCCUGGCACAAACCCUGCCUCCUACUCCGGGGCUUAUUACACACCCGGGUAUGCUCAGACCAGUUACUCCACAGAGGUUCCAAGCACUUACCGUUCACCUGGCAACAGCCCAACCCCAGUGUCCCGUUGGAUGUAUCCCCAGCAGGACUGUCAGACUGAAGCACCCCCUCUUAGGGGGCAGGUUUCAGGAUAUCCUGCUUCACAGAACCCUGGAAUGAGCGUGCCCCACUACCCUUAUGGGGAUGGUAACCGUAGUGUUCCACAACCAGGACCCACCGUGCGACCACAGGAGGAUGCAUGGGCCCCUCCUGGCACUUAUGGAGUGGGAACCCGCUACCCCUGGCCUGCAGCCUCACCCUCAGCACCACCUGGGAGUCUCUAUGUGAGCGAAAGUGCUUCGUCAUGGCCUAGCAGUGGCUCUCCUCAGCCACCUCCUUCACCACCACCCCCGCAGCCCAAGGAUUCCUCAUACCCCUAUAGCCAAUCAGAUCAAGGCAUGAGCCGGCACAGCUUUCCUUGCAGUGUCCAUCAGUACGAGUCCUCGGGAACAAUGAACAGUGAUGAUUCAGAGCUUUUGGAUUCCCAAGUCCAGUACAGUGCCGAGCCUCAGCUGUACGGUCAUGCCAGCAAUGAACAUCCCAGCAAUCAAGAUCCGAGUAAUAAUCUUCCUGACGAGUGUUUAUCUUCAGAUGAAGGGACUCCCCCAAGUAUUAAAAAAAUCAUACAUGUGUUGGAGAAGGUCCAAUAUCUUGAGCAAGAAGUAGAAGAGUUCGUAGGAAAAAAGACAGACAAAGCAUACUGGCUUCUGGAGGAAAUGCUAACCAAGGAACUUUUAGAACUGGAUUCAGUUGAAACUGGGGGCCAGGACACUGUCCGGCAGGCCAGGAAAGAGGCUGUUUGUAAAAUCCAGGCCAUACUGGAAAAAUUGGAAAAAAAAGGAUUAUGAAGGGAUUUAGAACAAAGGGGAAGCCUGUUACUAACUUGACCAAAGAACUCUUGAUUUUGGUUAAUUACCCUCGUUUUGAAAUGCCUGUUGAUGACAAGAAGCAAUACAUUCCAAUUUCGUUUGCUAUAAAACUUGAAAAACUGGUAAAGGACUUGGAAGAAAAGUUGGAUUAUGGGUUGUUUUCAAUUUUCAGACCAAUGAAUGUAAUAGGAAACUAUGGCAUUAUCAAUAUUGUCAAGUAGAUUCACCCCUUAAGAAAUGUAUGGGUAUCUGCAAGCUGCUUCUUAUCAGCAGGAGGGAAAUACACUUUAUGUAACAGGCUUAUCAGAAACCUACCAGAUAAGACUGGAUACUAUCUGAGACAAACAAGCUCUGUUUUUUUUUUAAACGUCUGGACUACUUGUCACAUUUUUGUACAUCGUGACGGCUUUCAACAUACACUUUACGUGUAAAUUACAGCUUGGACUUUAGCUUUCUUGGAUCUCUGUUUUGUUUUGUUACUUGCAGUUCACAAAUAUAGUACUAUUCUCUACUACUUGGUACAUUUUGUAGUAGUAUGUUUAAUAUAAUUACUCAGGAGACUGUAUUGACAGCCAGAGAGUAUGGCAGUUCUGGUUGAAUUUUUAUCUUUUCACCACUUGAGUAUAUUGCAGUGUGUAGUGAGUUCCUGAGGUAGAGUGACUCCUUUUUUGUAUAGAUCAUUAGGUUAGAGUUUUACCACUUCUGCUUUUCAUGUUAUUUUUGGAAGGUUAAUUUGGUUAAAAUGGCAUGGGUAUAGAAAUGAAAAUGUGGCCAUUUUCUUUUUUGCUUUUUUAAUGGUAUUGGAUGAAGAUCCACUUUAAACUCCACCCCACCCCCCAUCUUUUUACUAUAGCUGUUUCCAUAUGGAGCAACGUGCUAAAUACAAA